ACGACCCAAUUCCCCACCGAUUCCCUCCUCUCUCUCUCUCUCUCUCUCUCUCUCUCUCUCUCUCAGGUCGCGGCACAGCCUCUCAUGGCGCGGAUCCCGCGGAAGCGACAUGGCGGUGGCCCCAAGGAGCACGGCGGCGGCACUCCGCCGGAGGCCGAGGAAUCUCCGGCGAUGCCGUCCUCGCCGGCGGAGGCGGAGCAGGCGACGGAGAAGAAGGCGCCGGAGACGGAGAACGAGGCGCCGAAGGAUCGCCCGGUUCGCGUCUACGCGGACGGGAUCUUCGAUCUCUUCCACUUCGGCCACGCCCGAGCCCUAGAGCAGGCCAAGAAAUUAUUUCCCAACACAUAUUUACUUGUCGGGUGUUGCAAUGAUGAGAUCACUCAUAUGUACAAGGGAAAAACAGUCAUGACUGAGUCAGAACGAUAUGAGUCGCUUCGUCACUGCAAGUGGGUCGACGAGGUUAUUCCUGAUGCUCCAUGGGUCCUCACAAAGGAGUUCCUAGACAAACAUCAGAUUGAUUAUGUGGCUCAUGAUGCCCUUCCGUAUGCUGACACAAGUGGAGCUGGAAACGAUGUUUAUGAAUUUGUUAAAUCCAUUGGAAAGUUUAAGGAAACAAAUCGUACGGAGGGGAUAUCUACAUCGGAUAUCAUAAUGAGGAUUCUGAAGGAUUACAAUCAAUAUGUAAUGCGAAAUUUAGCACGAGGGUACACAAGGAAGGACUUAGGUGUCAGCUAUGUUAAGGAGAAGCAAUUAAGGGUCAAUAUGAAGAUCAAUAAAUUGCGUGAGACAGUGAAGGCGCAUCAACAAAAGUUACAUACAGUAGCAAAGACAGCCGGAAUGCAUCAUGAGGAGUGGGUUGUUAAUGCAGACCGCUGGGUUGCAGGCUUUCUUGAGAAGUUUGAGGAAGGAUGCCACAUCAUGGAAACCGCUAUUAAGGACCGAAUUCAGGAGAAACUGAGGAGGCAGUGGAGCAAAGAGAUGAGUCCCGACCUUGUGCAGCAACUGGUAGCAGCCUGAGGUUCUGGUUAGCGAAAUUCUAAAGAUAGUAUAAUGCAAAAGCAGACAAUUUCUUCAUGGUGCUAUGGAUGUUGCUUUAUCAGUUAUGGACUAUCUUACAUCACUAAGCUAAUUUUGCCGCAUGCUUCUUUUUGCUUUUUCUUAUGAUGUAAGUCUGAGUGAAUUGUACAUAGAAGAGUCGUUUGAUAAUUGGCAUUAUGUAUUCCAUUAGUCUACAGGUGAUCUUUCCGCACCUGCAUGGAUCUUAAUGUGAUUGUCUGCUGCAAAUAUCCUUUUCUUUUAUUUGUGUUAUAUAUAUCAUGGAUUUUAAUCG